AAAGCAAUGUACGCACUUAUCCCAUUAUUUAGUUUGAUCUUGUUGGUCUCUGCCGCCAAUCCAUACGAAACUUUCCCCAAGGUUCCUAAAACUGCCAGUAUCAAUGGGUUCGCUGACCCUAUUAUUGAUCUUUUACCUGAAUGCGCUAAAGAUUGUGUAAAGAUUUCCACUGGUAACACCCCAUGUCCUUAUUGGGAUACUGGUUGUUUCUGUGUGAUGCCUCAAUGGGCAGGGUUGAUGGGGCAAUGUGUUGCUAAGAAUUGUCAAGGAAGAGAUGUUGCUUCUGCCAGGUAUUUGGCUACCUCUUUGUGUAACGCUGUUGGUGCAGGUACUGUGAUUAUGCCUGAAUCUAUCUCAGAUGCACUUUCUAGCGCAGCUGGAGGUGCUAAAGACGUUACUACCAUUGAAGGAAAGACGGCCAAGUCUUGGGUUAUUGCAAGUGGAAGUAGUGAAGUUAGCAAGACUGCAGAUCCUUCUGCUAAGUCAAGUGAUUCGGCUUCUACUGAUGCCAAGACCACCAGCAAUGAAUCAAAGACUACCAAUACUUCCGAACAAUCCGAGACUCAAUCCCAGACUUCUGCUUCGGAAACUUCCGAAACAAAGAGCAACUUAGGAGUUUAUGCAACAACUAGUUUAGCUGCAUUAUUUGUUUCAGUUAUUUUAUCUCUUUUUAUUUAGGUAUUUAUGAAAUUCAAUAUGCAAUCG